CGACGCUACGCAAGUUUUAAAACCAUGAGCUGGGCGCUUAUCAUCGUCGGUCCAUACACAAGAUGUUUCUACUAGCCAGUGUCCUCCUCUGCGUGUGUGUCCUGGUGGUCCCUGGGACCAGCGUCACAUGUAACAUAGACCCCAGCGACUCCUGCAAGUGCUCCUUCGCCGACGGAGGCAAAACCUGGAACAUCGACAUCAGCAAGUACUUCACUACCCCGCUCACCCCAAGCCAGUUGAGAGCAAGUACACGUACACCUACACCUGCUAUAACGCCCCGUGUCCCAAAAACCCUAAUUCCACUGCAGUCGUCCCUGCAGUAUGUUUGAAAAGCAUGGGAGACUAUCCACUUGGUAUAAGUAGAUCAGCAUCCUCUCGUGGGACGUGACGGAUCCUUCGGAUAGUUCGUUGACUUAUCGUCAUCCACUUACAAGAGAACGGACAGAAGUCAGAUGACCAGACUCAGGUGAAUCAUGCUCUCCAUCUACUACCCAAC